AGUACACACUGGUUCCCACACUGGUUCUUCUACUUUACUUAAUUGGUAAGAAAACUACUUCAGAGUUCAGACUCUAGAGCUCAAAACCAAGCUUCUAAUUUUUUCUGAAACUAUUCUCUUCUCGAAGAGACGACGAUGUUUGGCUUCGUCGUCGAUUGUCUUCUUACCUUAGGCAGUGGUAUUCUCCUCAAUAAACUCAUCGACAACAAACCUGUUAACCCCAAGAAUGAGAAAAGCUCUGUUUCAUCUUCUUCUUCUUCAUCUACUUCUUGUGGAUGGAACUACGAAGUUUUCUUGAGUUUCAGAGGUGAAGAUACUCGCAAUAGCUUCACUGAUCACCUCUACAAAGCUUUGAAAGACAAUGGAAUUCACACCUUCAGAGACGACGAUGAACUCAAAACAGGAGAAGAGAUUGGUCCAGAGCUCCUCGCCGCAAUCCAGCAAUCGAAGAUCGCUAUCCCGAUCUUCUCAAAAGGCUACGCUUCUAGUAAAUGGUGCCUUAUUGAGAUCGCCAUGAUAGCAGAGUGCAAGAAGAAAGGGCAAAUUGUGUUACCGAUUUUCUACAGAGUGGAGCCAUCUGUGGUUAGGAAUCAAACUGGGAGUUUUGCAGAGGAUUUUCGGAAGCACGAGAGGCGUUUUGAUCAUAAGACUGUGAGGAGGUGGAGGGAAGCUCUGGCUGAAGUGGGCAAAUUGAAGGGAUGGGAUUUGGACAAGAAUAGGAAAGAGGCAAAUUUGAUAAGCUUAGUUGUUGAAACAGUUUUGCAGAAGCUGAAGAAUACCUCCUUGAUUGUUAGUGACAACCUAGUUGGAAUCGAUUCGCAUAUUGAGGAAAUGAUGAGAUUGUUAUAUGUUGAAUCUAAACAGAUUGUGGGGAUCCAUGGUAUGGGUGGUAUAGGCAAGACAACAAUUGCCAGAGCUACAUUCAAUAAAAUCUGUUCUCAUUUUGAUGGAUGUAGUUUUUUGGCAGACGUUCGAAGUACUUGUCAACAACCCAGGGACCUUGUGUAUUUGCAAAAUAAACUUAUCUCUGAUAUCCUAGACCCAAAGGAACAAAACGUCACUGAUGUUGAUGAAGGAAUUAAGGUGAUAAGAAAAAGAUUUUCCAAUAAGAGAAUUCUUCUUGUUAUUGAUGAUGUGGAUCACGAUCGUCAAUUAAAAGCACUAGCAGGGAAGGGUGAUUGGUUUGGAUUGGGAAGCAGGGUCAUUGUUACAACAAGAGAUAGGCAUGUCUUAUAUUUGUAUGGAGUGGAUGGGAUUUAUGAGCCAAAGGAAAUGGAUCUUAAUCAAUCUAUUCAACUUUUCAGCCAGCAUGCUUUUAGAAGAGAUCAACCUCCAGAAGAUUAUGUAGAUAUUUCACAAAAGGUGGCACAAACUACUGGAGGGCUUCCUUUGGCUCUUGAAACUAUAGGAUCAUUUUUAUUUUUGAAGCCGAAAUCUGUUUGGGAAGAAACAUUGAAGAAGUUGAAGAAAAAGCCUGAUGCUCAAGUCCGAGACAAAUUGAGAAUAAGUUAUGAUGGGUUAGAUGAUGAUGCGAAAGCUAUCUUUCUUGAUAUAGCAUGUUUUUUUAUUGGAACGGACAAAGAAAUUGCAACUCAAAUAUGGAGUGGUAGUGAUUUUUUUCCAGAAAGUGGGAUUUGUAUCCUUCAACUAAAGUCUUUGGUAAAGAUUGAUGGCAAGAACAAGUUCUGGAUGCAUGAUCAGCUCCGAGACCUUGGUAGGGAGAUAGUUCGUGAAGAAAAUCCUCUCGAGCCUGGAGAGCGUAGUAGGUUGUGGUCUCAUGAGGAAGCCUUGAAUGUCCUGAAGACAGAAACGGGAACAAGGAAAGUGGAAGGCCUCCACCUUGACUUUGGAUAUGCUUCAAAAGAUCAUUAUUUGAAGAGUGAAGGAUUUCAAGCAAUGGCAAAAUUAAGGUUGCUCAGGAUUGAUUAUACAUACCUUGUUGGAAACUUUGAGCACCUCUUUUCAAAGUUGAGAUGGCUUAGUUGGAAAGGAUGCCCUCUGGAGUUUGCACCAGCCAAUUUUCACUUGGAGGAGCUUGUUGUUCUUGAUUUAUCACAGAGCAAAGUCACAGAAGAUUGGAAGGGUUGGAAACAAAUCAAGAAGUCAAGCACGUUGAAAGUUCUAAAUCUAACAGACUGUUGCCUGAAUAAAACUCCUGACUUUUCUGCAUUCUCGAAUCUGGAGAUAUUAAUUCUUGAAUGCUGUGGAAGUUUGUCUGAGAUUAAUGAUUCCAUUGGGCAUCUCAAGAGUUUGGUGUUCUUGAAUUUGGAUGGUUGUGAUAGCCUUGUGGAGCUUCCCACUAGUAUUUGUAAGUUGAGUUCUCUUCAAAACUUUCACAUUGAAUGCGCUAACCUUCAAAAGUUGCCAACAGAAUUGGGUCUCAUGAAAGGUCUAACAAAACUUAUCAUUGACAAUGCUAUUCGAAUGGAACAGUUACCUGAAUCUAUUGGUCUUUUGAAGAAACUUAAGACCUUGAGUGCAAAAUACUGUGCUGCAUUGACUGAAUUGCCCAAUUCAAUUGGUAAUUUAAAAUCACUUUUAGACCUUGUGUUAGAUGGGACACGAAUCAGUGUUUUACCAGAUAGUAUUGGAUUGCUGCAGAAACUGCGAUGCUUAUCAUUAAGGGGUUGCUUUCUACUGAAAAAGAUUCCAGAUUCCAUUGGAGGAUUGGUAUCUUUGGAAAAGCUUGACUUGCUAGGAAUAAAUACUUCUGAAAUACCUGAUUCUAUUGGGAACAUAAGAAAUCUAACAUUUCUUCGCCUUGAUCUUACUGAUAUAACGGGGCUUCCCGAUUCUGUUGGAUUGUUGGAGAAGCUUGAGGUAUUAAGUACAAGGCAUUGCAAGAGGCUGGUUAAGCAACCAGGUUCAGUUGGAAGAUUGAGACAUUUGCAACAUUUUGAAAUGUAUUUAAAUGAUUGGAGGCACUUACCUGCUGAUUUUGAAGCACUUUCAAACUUAAAGAAGCUGUCAAUUGGUGGACUGAAAACUGUAGAAUCCGAGAGCUUUCUUGAGAGCCUUGGGAGUUUAUGUGCAUUGGAAGAACUUCUUGUAUACAAUUGGGCUAUCUCAGAAGGUGAAACUUUAGGUGAUAUCGGGAGACUGUCCUCUUUGAAAAUCUUAAAGCUAGAGAAUAGCAACUUUUUUAACCUUCCUACAAGCAUCUGUAACCUUCCUCUAUUGCGAAGUCUUGAAAUAAGGAAUUGCCCAAACCUCCAGUCCCUUCCAAAGCUUCCAUCUACUUUAAGGGUUCUAGAAGCUGAAGAUAAUUCAUCUAUAGAAACAUUUUCAGAUAUUUCGAACCUAACAAAUUUAGAAGAGAUGAACCUUCGGUUCUGCAGAAAACUGGUGGAAAUUCCUACUGAUAUUGGGAAUCUAACAAAAUUGGAAUCCUUGCAUUUGGGAAAGUCUGACAUUUUCACCCUACCACCCAGUAUUAAUGCUCUUAAUCGGCUCAAGGUACUUGACAUACACAGUUGUGGGAAGCUUAAAAGCAUCCCGGAGCUUCCCUCGAGUCUAAUUGAACUAAAUGCUGUUUGUUGCAUGUCAAUGGAAAGAUUGCCAAAUUUGUCGAACUUGAAAAGGCUAAAGCAUCUAAGGCUUGACGGCUGUCUCGAGCUAGUGGAGAUCCAGGGCCUCGAGGAAUUGGAACAUCUGGUAACAUUGACAAUGGCUCAUUGCAAAUUAAUAACAAGAGUGCCAGACCUUAUGGGAUUGACAGAUCUGAACACAUUAUGUCUUGAUUUCUGUGAGAUGUUGAUGGAGAUCGAAUGCCUUGAUGGACUGGAAUCACUAGAUAAGUUGUCAAUUAAGUCGGGAACUUCGUUAGAAAGGUUACCGAAUUUAUCAAGCUUGGAAAAACUAGAGGAGUUACAACUUCCUCACUGCAAUAGGUUGGUAGAGAUCGAGGGCCUUGAGAGACUGCAGUCUUUAAAGAAGUUGGAUUUGUACAUGAGUACAUCAAUUGAAAGAUUGCCAGAUUUGUCAAACUUGAAAAAGUUAGAAGAAUUGCAUAUUGAUGGCUGCAAAAAACUGACUGAAAUUCAAGGCAGUAACAAAUUGGAAUCCUUACGAAUAUUCAAAAUGAAAGGGUGUGCAUCUUUAAGGAGUUUAGAUUUUUCAAGCUUGAAAAAAUUGGAGAAAGUAGAAGUCUCCUACUGCAGUAAGAUGACCGAUAUCAAGGGCCUUGAGGGAAGGGAGCACCUAAUUACUUACAAGGAAUUGGAGGAAAUGGAACCCAUCAGCUGCUAGACUAUCUCUUUGAGCAACCAAAUACCAAGACAGAAGACCUUCUCUCCUACUCUGUCAAGAAUGACAUGCAGCAGGAUUGUCUUCAUCAGUCCAAAUCCAAUCAAAAUCUUUAUGGUCUUAGACUUGUAGCUUAAGCCUGAUCCUACCAUCACAACUACCAGGCUGGAGACACCAUCACAUCACAGUACAUUAGAUUGUAGCAAUCUCGUGGUUUUUCUGAGAUCUUGCCAGGUAUUUAUAAGAGCUUAGGACCUGGAGACGAUUCAGCCAUUUACAUGUUACAAAUGGUAUGUUUAAUAUCAGUCCCAUGGUUUCUUUUAGCAUCAAUUCUGGUUUCUGGUUUCAAGUUUCAAGCAUCCAACUAGAGCUUUACAUGACACAAUAAAGUGUUGAAAAUUCUAGUUUCUUUUAUGGGCUUUGACUAUCUACACAAUCCAUUAAUAUUUUGAAUUCAAUCGUUGAUAGCACGCCUAAAUUUGAGGUUGUAAGGACAAAUAUGGUUGACCAUGCAGACCCUGUUUUUGCAUUAAUUUUGCUUAUCUAGUUUUAUGGAGCCCAAAACCAGACAUAACCAUGGUUUUCUUAGGUAAGGAGAAGAAACGAAAAACAACCCAACAAAAUCCAGCGAA